UCUCACUUGACGCCGCCGCCUUCUCUCCUCCCUCGAUUAUUCUCCUCGCGCCGCCACCUCCCCAUGCGACGCCCCUCCACCUCGAGCAGGCCGGAGGCAGCACCGAUGGGUCGAGCCCCGCCACGGUGGUGGACCCCCGGAAGGGCAAGGAGCUCGCCGCGAUUCCUUCUCCUCCGAGCUCCACGGGCAGCAGAAGUUCCUCCACCCCCUCCCACGACUACACCGGAGGAGGCGCCGAUGGGUCGAGCUCCGCUGCGGCGUGGGUCGACGAGAAGGGCAGGCUGGCCGCCGUUCCCUUUCCGGCACCUUUUUCCCCAACCUCCGCGGGCAGCAUCCUCGACUUCGCCUUCCCCUUCGCCUUGGGUCAAGCUCCACGGCAAGGAGGAGGGGGAUGGUGCCGAGGGACGCGAUGGGGUCGUUCAACUAGGAACUGGAGUUCCACCAUAUCCUGCGACAGCAGUGGGCGGUUAUCAUGGAGGACGGUGAGGAGGAGCAGGUGGAAUCGUCGUACGCCAAGGACAUGCUCCCGAGAAAGGAAAAGGAGAAGAUGUGUGGAUUGCUGAAACUGGAUACAGAGGGUGCUUCCCUUCCAGGAUAUCGACCAAGCCUGGCAGCUAUUGCAAGGACCUGGGCUGUGCCCACCCGUGUGUGUGUGUGUGAGUGACCCGAUGGGCCAGCCCACUGUGGCCUGUAAUGAUAACUACAUAUAGCCUAGCUCGAGGAGAGGGAGACAUCGAUCUGUAAACUGAAUACUGUUAUCUCUAAUUCCAAGCUUUCCUCUGUGCUUCUUCCUCCUCUCCAAGCUAUUCCACUCUGUCUCUACCUACCACAUCCUGGCGUGACGCAAGGAGUUGCUGCGAUCCCAUAGCAUCUGGUACUCAGAGCCCAAAUCGAUCCGCGUCCUCUGAUCCAAAAAAUUCUCGCGAUCUUCAGAUCAAUCCAUCGAUCAGCUCCUAAGUCCAGGCAAAAGGUGCGGAUCCCCUCGGGUGAUUCCGUGCAAAACACUUCGGUGUACCUGCGUCUGGUCGAGCAGAUCGAACGGCACCAACGGCGCGCUCCCACAAGUCGACGCUCUCUGCGCGCAUGGCGGCGGCGGAGCUCUCCCUGGCGGAUCUGCAGAAAUUGGUGCAGGACACGAUCCAGCAAAGCAAGGCGGUCUUAGAUGCGGGGGCUGCAACAUCGGAGCGGGUGAACGAGCUCCAGGACUCUCUCAACAAGUACGCAUCCUCGUCCGCCAAAGCGUUCGAUGCGCUUGCGCAGACGACCACGGCCUCGCUGGGCCAUACCGAGGCCACCCUCGGCCGCGUCCUCAUCGCCAACAACUCACUCGACGCAGCGAUGGCAGAGAUGAAGCGCGCGCUGGAUGGAGUGGUACGCCGGGUGGACCAGUUGGAGAGAGUACCAGCAACGGGCCCUGUGCAGCCACCACCAUCACCGCCACUGCAACGCUCCGGGCCGCUGCACAUGGAAGGACAGAGCAGUCUGCCAGCGCCGCAGGCGACAGAUCUGCGGGGGCCUCGUCAGAAUCGUCCCCAACCACACGGCGGUGAGCUAUCUCAGACCCGACCCGCUGCCAGUGAGUAUUUCUCGGAUGAUCAGGAGGACCCAGAUCACUCCACUGAUUACGGGCACCGAUCGCAUCACAACAGAUACAAACCACGUGUUCCAAGUUCGAUGGGGUGGAUCCCAAAUGGUGGAAACAACAGUGUGAAAAGUACUUCCGGAUGUACAAUGUGCAGCAGGAAUUAUGGGUCGAUUUUGCAACAAUGCAUUUUGCAGGCAAUGCAGCUCGUUGGCUUCAGACUUACGAAGCCAUGCACACAGUCGACAGUUGGGCAGCCUUGUGUGUUGCAGUGUUCGCCAAAUUCAACAGAAAAAAUACACCAGAGAUAUUGAUGUAUUCUUUGCAUUGAAACAAACUGACACAGUGGAUGAGUAUGCCCAUCUCUUCGAGGAGCACAUGCACAAGAUGUUGGUUUACAAUCAGUCUUAUGAUGAGACCUUCUUCAUUAACCGCUUUGUUCAAGAUCUCAAACCAGCUAUAAGAGCACCUGUGAAGCUGCUGCAGCCAAGCACAGUGGAUUUGACUUACUCAUUGGCACAAACACAAGAGGCACUCCUAGUGGAAGACAACUAAAUUCAGCAAGAAGUGGGAGCCACGGUUCAGUUCCAAACCAUAUGUGCAUCAAGGUAUAAUGGGUGCCUCACCAACUGACAAACGAUUAGAAGAUCAAGCUAAAGUGCCGGACAAAGUAGAUACACUCCGAGCUCAGCGUAGAGCGAGAGGGGAAUGUUUUAAGUGUGGUGAAAAAUAUGGCCCUGGACACAAAUGCCCCAACAAGGUGCAAUUACAUGUGAUGGAAGAAUUGUGGGACGCACUGCAGUCGUCUGAAUCGGUUUCUAGUGAGUCUGACAAUGAACAAGUGGUUUCUCAACCUUCAGAUAAAGACAGUGACGACUGUAUGAAACUGUCAGUGCAAGCAGCUACAGGAACAUCUUCUAAAGAGAGUAUUAAGUUGCAAGGCAUGGUGGGAAAACGUCAGCUACCAAUCUUGGUGGAUUCAGGCAGUUCUACCAACUUCAUUCGAGCUGAUUUGGCGAAAGAACUCAAGUGCACAACUGAAGAAAUCCCUGCAGCAACUGUGACUGUGGCAAAUGGAGGCACUCUGCCCUGCAAUACACAAGUGCCAAAUCUACAGUGGUUUUGUCAGGGAAACACCUUCAAUACAUAGUUCAAAGUGCUUCCCUUAGGCACCUAUGAUAUCAUAUUGGGAAUGCAGUGGCUAGAAACAAUGAGUCAUAUGUGGGUUGACCGGAGAAAGAAGGUCAUGAGGUUUAAGUACCAAGGAGCAAGAAUCACACUCAGAGGAGUUAAAGAUAAACUCAAUUCUUGCACAGCCAUAUCUGGGAAAC